AUGUAUAAUCGGGGCGAGCCGCCUCCAUUUGUGGACAACUACAAUCGAGGGUACCACAAGAAUUAUCAGCAUCCCUAUCACAAAUCCAGGUAUUUUCAAUUUAAUUUUCAUAUUAUUGCACAAAUAUAUGGGAUGACUCAUCUAGAAAUUAUCUGUUUAGACGAGUGUUAUACGAUGAGUAUGACGAACCAGACAAUUGCACCAACUUCUCCAAAUAUGCCAUUUAUGGAGCGAAUAUUUUAUUUAUUUUGGUGGGAAUGGCCACUCUUACCCUCGGGGUUUGGCUUCGAGUGGACAGCCGGUUUCGAGAUUUUUUGAGCGAGAGAUACCGCCAAGCAGUCGACGAGGCCUUCUGGGAAGCACCAACUUUGUACACCUUCAGUUAUAUUUUAAUUAUUAUGGGAUCCUUUAUGAUCAUCGCUGGAAUAAUGGGAUGUUGUGGAGUUGGAGCGGGUGGAACCCUCAGUUUACUGUUUUAUGUGAUAUUAUUAUUCGUCCUAUUAGUGUGCACUGUAAGCAGUAUUAUCUAUAUUCUCUACAAAAAGGACGGAAUAGAUGUGGAAUUGUCUGAUGCCUUAAAUUAUAUGGUCCAGCAUUACUAUCAAGGUGCUGGAGUUGUCCAGGAAAGUUUGGAUCGACUUCAACAGGCCUUCCGAUGCUGUGGUAAGUAGAUCUACUUAUCGCAUCAUCUUUUAUACAACUUUAGGUAACGCCGGUUGCUCAGACUUCCGCGCAUUUCGCCAAGAUCCUCCACGGACCUGUGAUAUAAGAUGUGAUGGCUGUCAUUACCGGAUAUGGCUGGCUCUCAGGAUUGGCUUUUCGGUGGCCAUUGUAAUUUUUCUCAUUGUUAUAUUAGCACAAGUAAGUCAUCCAUUCUAAUAUUAUACGGUAUUAAGUUGAUCUCAAUCGGUGUGGCUAUUGGAAUGAUGCUUAGAGACAAGAAGAAGACAAUCCCCUAUGGAUAUCCAUAUCAAUAUUAUCCCCAACAAAUUCCCGAGAAAUAUCGAGCCAAAAGUCUUCGACCCCCGGUUAGCGCGGUUUCAUAUAAAACAAAUCAAACGAGAAGGACAGAGCACACACCUCCGAGACCUGUUCCAAAGCUCAGGUUAAAAUAA